AUGGACGAAACGCCAGGCCGCUCGUGCUCGUGCAGUGACCGUUUGAAGCAUCUGCAGCAGUCGCUGGCGGAAGCGCAGCUCCGCCUUGCGCAGGCGGAAGCGUUGCUGCGCGCGCAGGGGGUGGUUCCGCCAUGGGGAGGGGGAAAUGGGGAAGCGGGAGACGAGGACGCGGAGGUCGGAGAGGCGGAGGAAAAGGUAGAUUAUGCGAAAAAGGAGAGCGCGGGAGUAAAGUCUGGUGGGGGAAAUGAGGUGAUUCUCCAAGAGACUACUAGUAGUGGUGGUCUGGAGGAGACUAGUGGGGAAAGGGAUGAGGGGUUGACUCAAGAGGCAGGGCAUGAUGAUGGUGGGGGCGGUGGUGGUGCAGGUGGUGCGGGUGGUGGUGGCGGUGGUGGUGCAGGUGGUGCGGGUGGUGGUGGCGGUGGUGGUGCAGGUGGUGUGGGUGGUGGUGGCGGUGGUGGUGCAGGGAAGGUUAAAGAUGGAGAGGAUUUACAGGGUGGCGGAAGGAGGGGAAAUCGAGGGAGGAAGGUUGGUGGAAAGGGACUGGAGAACUACAGGACUCGACACGUGGCACUGCAGAUCAUGUACCUGGGGUCGAGGUACCUAGGCUUUGCGUCUCAAGGCGUUGCGGGCCCGACUGUAGAAGGCCGGUUAGUAUCAGCUCUGCUACACACGAAGCUGCUGCUCCCUGCCGGCCCUCCUGCUUCCCCACGAGCACCGACGUCCGCCACUGAACCUGCAGCAUCUGCUUCUGCUGUGGACAACGGCAGCGAAAUGGAGUGCGAUGUGACUGUAGCAGAGGGUGACUGCAGCAGCACACCGCUUCAGCAGGGGGGAAGGGGUGUGACUGUAUCGAAUGGUGGUCGCACGCCACUUGGGCAGGGAGGAAAAGAUGUGACUGUAUCGAACGGUCGAUUGGAUGCUAAGCUGCAGCGGAAGCAGAAGAGAGCGGCGAGGCGGAGAGAUGCUGCUUCUACUGAAUGUGAUUAUAACGAAGGUGCUUCUGCUGCUGCUUGCAGUGGAACCGUGACUAAAGGAGGUGUGGUUAUAAUGAAAGACAUUAUGAAGGAUGAAUCGGCAAGAUAUUCCCGAUGUGGGAGGACGGACCGCGGGGUGAACGCCAUUGGGCAGGUCGUUGCACUUCACCUGCGUUCCUCAGUUCGUCCACGUCAGCAACAUCCAGGAAUGACAGCAGCUGACGUGGCUCUUGAAGUCACUGGCAGUGCAACAGCUGCUGCCGCUCCAACAGAACCAACUGCCAGCCAGAGCAAUGUCACCAGUGGCAGCGUCGCUGUCGACCUGGCAGCAACUGAUGUAGCGAGGAGGUCAGAUGACGUGGCAGGCGAGAUUGACUAUGUGGCAUCGCUCAACAGAGCUCUUCCUGAUGACAUCCGUGUGCUGGCAUGGGCUCCUGCCUCUCCUGACUUCAGCGCCAGGUUCAGCUGUUUGGAGAGAGAAUACAGAUUCUACUUUGUGGAUGAACCUGGUCUCGAUGUUCCGGUGAUCCCUCUCCUCCUCUUUCCCAGCUUCCUUUCUACAGUUUCCCUUCAUUCUUUUCCCUGUUCUGUAGACUUCUCUUCUCCAUCUCCUCCUCGUUUCCGCGUCGCAACUUGUUCCCGUAUCCGUUUACCUCUCCAGCGCCUGCUCACCGUCUCUCUGCUCCGUUCAUCACCAGGCCAGGCCAUGCAGCGGGCAGCAGCACUUUUCAAGGGCCGCCACGACUUCCGCAAUUUCUCUCGCAUGGACACAGAAAACAUGCUCUCCCGUUUCCACUUGUGCCCCACGUAUCUGCGCACCUCCCCCAUUCAACACCAGGCCAUGCAGCGGGCAGCAGCGCUCUUCAAGGGCCGCCACGACUUCCGCAAUUUCUGCCGCAUGGAUGCAGAAAAUGUCAAGUCAUUUGAGCGGGACAUCUCGUUUUGCCGCAUUCUGCCCUUCGCCGCGCUGUCGUCACCUUUUGGGGAAGAGUUUGGUCCAAGCAAGCCAGGAGAAACCCCCGAGCGUCCGUCAGUGUGGGUGCUAGAGGUGGUGGGGACGGCGUUCCUGUGGCACCAGAUUCGGUGUAUGAUGGCCGUGCUGCUCAUGGUGGGGCGUGGGCAGGAGCGACCAGAGGUGGUAUCAGAGCUUCUAGACGUACACGGAGGGCCGUUCACCAGCAAGCCCCAGUACGCCCCGGCUGACCCCCACGGCCUUGUGCUGCACCGCUGCUCCUUCCCUGCCUCGCUGCGUUUCCACUGCUCCGCCAACGCCAAGCGCCUGUUCUGUCAGUCCAUCCGCCACCAGCUCAAUGCAGCGCUCAUCCGAUGCUCCGUGCUGCAGUCGGCCCUUGAUGUGGCGGAGGCUUCUACUGCUGCUGCUGGGAGUGGGAAGGAGAAGAAGCAGACGCAGCUGCCCCACAUCCCGUUGCACCGAAGGCCUAGAGAACGUGAGUGCUGA